CAGAAUUAAUGCUGCUCUCCUUUCGUUGUCCGAGCAGCGAGCAGUGUUUUUCUAUGCUGGUUCGCGAUUUCGCAUAAAUCAACAAAAUAAGCUAGCUGUGAAAAUUGGAUGAAUUUAUUUGUGAAAUUGUGUCUAUCGUAAAGUGCAUUGCCAAAUGUGACCCGUGAAGUGUCGUGCUUUGUGGUGGUGCGCUUCAGAGAAGCCGGAAAGCGACUUUGCUUCUCGAUACCGACAACUUCCGGCCUUCCAGCUACCGGAGUGGUUUGUGUCUGGAAGAAGCCGAAAGCGAAAUGAUAUUAAAUUUAUAAUUGGCUGUGGCUGAGCUGAUCGCGCGUCGCUGGAUCUCUACAAUUUGAUGGAAAAUCAUCAUCUAAUCACAGCGACCUAAACCUCGCCCGGACACAACCAUUCAAUAGCUCUCACUAUAACGGAACGAAUUGAAAACCGCGCUCACGUGAGAAAAGAGUUGUGAACAGAUGGAAGUCUGCCGAAAUAGGUGCAAUAUAUUAGAUACGUUCUACAUCGAAACUAUUUUCCGCUAAGCAUCACGGUGGAUAGAAGAAGGCGAUAUUCUGCAGCCAUGAAGAUUACCGACUUAGGUGUCCGCAACCAUGGCCAUCCGCGAACGCUGGUCACCCUAAUCUUCGGCACGGUGCUCGGCUUUAUGUUCGCAACCUUUAUCACUUCGAGCACGUCGAAUCGUGCGCCGUGGCUGCCGGAAUAUUACCACUCCAAGGACGCUGCGCCGCCGAUAGUGAGUGAUCCGCACACGGGGCACGACCUGCGGGAUGCUGCGGGGCCGGAACAGGACGUGGGUUUCCACGGUGAGCACGAGGAGGCCCACGCGCACGAGAACAGCUCGCUCGCCAGUCAACUGUACAGGGAGGUGCGCGUUCUGUGCUGGAUCAUGACCAAUCCGAGCAAUCACAAGAAGAAAGCGCUGCACGUGAAACGUACGUGGGGCUCGCGGUGCAACAAGCUGGUCUUUAUGAGCUCGACUGCAGACCCACUUCUCGACUCGGUGCCGCUGCCAGUGAAGGAAGGCCGUGAUAACCUUUGGGCCAAGACGAAGGAAGCCUUCAAGUACAUUUACCAGCAUCAUCUGGACGAUGCCGACUGGUUCAUCAAGGCGGAUGAUGACACCUACGUAGUGCUAGAAAACCUUAGAUAUAUGCUGUACCCGUACUCGCCGAGCAUCCCGAUCUACUUUGGGUGCAAGUUUAAGCCGUUCGUCAAGCAGGGCUACAUGUCCGGUGGGGCGGGCUACGUCCUCAGCAAGACGGCCGUGAAGCGCUUUGUCGAGGAAGCUAUCCCGAACAAGAACUGCCGGCAGGACAAUGAUGGCGCAGAGGAUGUCGAAAUGGGCAAAUGUAUGGAAUUGGUCAAGGUGCUUGCGGGAGACUCCCGAGACUCCCUUGGUCGGGGUCGAUUCUUCCCGUUUGUCCCGGAACAUCAUUUGAUUCCGAACCACGUGGACAAAAAUUUCUGGUACUGGAAGUACAUUUACUACAAAACUGAUGAGGGUCUCGACUGCUGCUCGGACAACGCCAUCUCGUUCCACUACGUGUCGCCCAACCAAAUGUACGUACUAGACUAUCUGGUGUACCACCUGCGGCCGUACGGAAUCGUUGCCCACUCGCAGCCGCUGCCGAAGAAGCAAUCGCUAGCGGACGUGGUCCAGACGGACGAUCUCAGCAAAACGACGGAAAAGAGUCCGCAGCAGCCGGGGCAAGACGGAGAAGCGACGGAAACCAAAGAAAAACGCGAGGUGGAGGAUAAUUUACUGCUCGAAUAGUACUAACAACGGUACUACCUACCAACUAACCAUGAUGAUGACAACUAUCAUAGCUAUCUCAGUGGUCGAAUAGCUAACGGGUGCGAGUGAUUUGUUUUAUCCUUUUUAAAAAACUUUGAGUGAAUGAGAGUGAGCGUGUUGAUCAAACUAGUUCGUACGUACAAAGUGAAGUCUGUAGGCAUUUAAGCAUAAAGAAAGCCAUAUUAAUUCAUAUGUAUGCUGUAGGAAGCAAAUAUACCAAAGUUUUUUUUUCCUUUUUUUCCUAAGUGAGAGUACCAAGUGAAGAAGGCAACCCAUUCCUUAUCGAAAUGUGUAUCUAACGAAUCUCCGUAAUAAAAUACUUCAAUGCGUUUGAACCAAAUA